CGAACCGGCGAUCCCCGUGUUGCGAUGGACAGGCAGGAUGAGAUCAUCCCCGAACACCCAAACAACAGCAACAUUCGGUGUAGUCCGCAGGACAAACGGUGCAUACAGAAAACCCUGGCCCGGCAAUCUCCUAAAUCCAACCAGAGGAGUAUCAAUGCCAGGGAGGACCCAAAGGCGGCGCUGGCUCCAUGCCGUGCCGAGCUGCAGAGGGCCCUGGACAGGCUAGCAACCAAUACUCGCACCCAUGAGGAUCUCUACGCCAUCCCCAUACCCAAUUGUGACAAAAAUGGAGAUUUCCAUGCUAAGCAGUGCCACCCAGCUCGUGACGGGCAGCGGGGGAAAUGCUGGUGCGUGGACCAGAAGACGGGAAUGAGGCUGCCGGGCCCAUUGGAGCUACGAGGGGAUCUGGACUGCCACCAGCUGCUGACUGCGACCCUGAGGGAGUGAGAGCAGAGGAGCAGCAGGGGGCCGGACCAGCCACAUUCUACUGGUGCUGACUAGAAUUAACUAUACGAGGAGAGGAUUUAACCCAAAAAGCCUCAUUUCCACCCGAAGCCUACGGUACUUGAGAUUACAAAACGAAAAGGAAACCACAAAGUUGUGCUGGAUGACUGUUGUUUCUUGUGUGUGUGUGUGUGUGUGUGUGUUAUUGUGAUCUUUCCAAGUCUUUUGAGCACUUCUUUUCGAUUUUUACUACGUCAGCUUAGACUGAUAGUCUUUAGACAGAUGCGCUUUGAGUAACAGACAGCAGGAAAAAAAAAAAAAAACCCAACACCCAAGAUAAGAUCUUUAAAUGUGAUUUUUUUUUUGUUAGAAAAAAAAAGUUUUUGGUUGCUUGAAUAGAAUGUGACAGAAAAACCCAUCAUUGCUGCUAUGGUGUCAUAACAAAGGCAAAAAGACAGCGCUGAAUUGACUCUGUCGUUUUUUGUGUUUUUUUUUUUACUGAUGUUUAAACUUCUGGCCUACGUCGUCUCUCUCCCGUGUCUCAUCGCCCCACCAAACGUUGGAUUUAAGAGGGCUAAGACAAACAACAAAAGUUCUUUGGAGACACAGGGCCUGGUUCAGCAGCCAAAAUGGCCAAGAUGAGAAAAGCAGAUAAACUGGAACAGACAGGAGAAGAAGAAGAGAGAGGGAAUCAGAAAAAAAUAAAAAAUCCCUGUUUUGAAUAAGAUGCAGCUCUUCACAGCGUUUAGAGACCAAAGCGAAGAGAGAUAAGUUUGACAGAAUAGACGGGCCUGCUGUCCCUGGCUGGCUGCUGCACAGGGCCCGGCAGGCCGGGGGCUCACCACGCUGCUCGCUGCUGAUAGCAUAAUCUGGUUCCUCCAGCUGCUGCAGCAUUGCCAUUUCUAUUCAUGUUUGUAUGAAUAUGCUUCGGCAUACAAGAUUACCCUCCUAUAGACCGCAGUUUGGUGGUGCUACUCUGAUUGUGCCAAAAAAAAAAAGGCCCCUUCACUCUCUGGCCGUUGUUUUAGGGAUUAUCAAAAAGGAGGGAUAAUCAAGAAGUGGCGGAAUUUAGGAUCAGAUUUUGUGAUGACCAUCGCUAACUGCUCAAUAAAAAAGCUCUCACAGUUGUGUUUUUACUAUUACGGAAAAAAAUACAAUUCGGCAGUAACCCCUAAACAUUACUUUUGCAGUAUUACAGUACUUGCUUGUAUGGUCGUAGCUGCUCGACUGUCUAACUGACCAGUGUAGUGAAUUUGCAUGCUUAUACUAUGUUUAAUGGACACAAACAAAUUUGAACGAUGAUGAACUACAGUAUAUGUUCGACUAACGAAAGUAAAACUCCCUUUAGAGGACUUUUGUGCGGCGGGCAAGAUAGCACAAGGAUAAUGGAGGCGAUGGUUAAUUUGCUCUAUCACUUUCGGCCAGUAAACAGGUUGUAUGUAAACCUUGGGAUAUGAGCCAAUGGAUUAUAUGUUCUUCACGGACAUAACAUUGGGUGUGUUACUUGUUCAAGCUCCUUAGAUCUUCAUCCCCAGUUCUCCAUCCCGCGUGCCAGAUGGUUAAUAUAUUGGCAGUGGCUGGAGGGGUCUGAGUAGACUGGGUAGUAUAACAAGGCUGAUAUUUGUCGUUGCCAGAAAUGGAUAGCCUGCUUUCACCAACCCUCUUGGGUUGACUUGAGUUACUAAUUGACUCCUGCAACGAUUCAUCUCGUCUGCAUUGACAAUCAUUGUUGGUGUCAGUGUCACAAUGGCAAUGAGAGCCCAAGUUCGACAAAGAAAAAGGUUCCAGCGAAGUGGAAAAGGUCGUUCCCUCACACAGCGACAUUCCUGGUGUCCUAACUGCGGAAUACGUGUGUGCAUCUUAGCGUUAACAGAAUUACGCCUGGCGGAUUAGAUGAGCGAGAGCGGCUGGAGCCUAUUCCUCAUCACACGACAACUUGUUGGGUUCAGAAAAGCUUCACCUUCUGUGAUCGAGUCUGAUUUUACCUCAAAAUUAGCUAAAGCUUUAUGGGGCGUCUGGGUAGCGUAGCAGUUUAUUCUGUCGCCUACCAACACGGGGAUCGCUGGUUCGAAUCCCCGUGUUACCUCCGACUUGGUUGGGCGUCCCUACAGACACAAUUGGCCGUGUCUGCGGGUGGGAAGCCGGAUGUGGUUAUGUGUCCUGGUCGCUGCACUAGCGCCUCCUCUGGUCGGUCGGGGCGCGUGUUUGGGGGAAGAAGCAGCUAGCGACUCCACAUGUAUCGGAGGAGGCAUGUGGUGGUCUGCAGCCCUCCCCGGAUCGGCAGAGGGGGUGGAGCAGCGACCGGGACGGCUCGGAAAAGUUCGGCCCUACACAAUUAUGGCAUACAAAGCCAUCAGAAACUAUUUAGCACAUGUCUGAUUUUCUGUAUUUUUGCACAAUCUUUUUGUUGAAUUUGACUAAUAUUUUUUGUGGGUUGUAUUGGUUUGCAGAUGUCACUCAUACACAAUUAAAAAAAAAACAAGGAGGAGUGGCUGUUACUUUGGACCAAAUCCGGCGUCAUUUAGGCGAGCUCUGUUCGGUGUCGGUUUGUGGUGCUUUGGCUCACAUGUUGCACUUGCACCAGGAGCACCAUGAGCAUCAGCAGUCGCUGUUCUCGCUGUAAGGCCUGCGGCGGUUGUCCCAGGCAGGAGUGGUGUUUAGUCGGGCCUUGCUGCCUGUCAGGUUUGUAGUGGCGAUGUCAGGGCGGGCAGGACUCUGUCUGAAUCGGUCGCCGUCUCGGUGCUACUUUGCAUGGGGAACCUCUGCUCAGUCUAAAUCAUCGCUCCCAUCGCUCAGCAAAUAAACGACCGCCGGCUGCUUUUUCUGCCCACGACUCUUUUGGUGUGAGCACAGGGUCGACGUCUUCCGCACGAAGGUUGUUCUUAUUCAGGAUCCCUUCUAGGUGGUGGAAUUCUGGGGGUGUCCGCGUUAAGAAUUUGUGAACCCCUUGUUAUGGGUGGAAUUUAAUCCCUGCUUACUAGGGGUUUCAAAGUAAAACAACGAAAGCACCGAGGUUGCCCUUUCGGGUGUACUCUCUCCUCCACUUCACCCUAGAGACAACAACGUAGAUAUCGAAUACUUUCUGUAUACAGGGACAGAAACGCUUAUAAUACUGAACAUUUCAUCCUCUGUGCAUACUUGGGUGCAAAACCAGUCCCAGGACUUUCCCACCGCCACCCAGCUAACGCAGACGUAAUAACCACGAGAACUCUGAACUUCUGUCAGACAAAACUGGAGUCAUCUUUCAGCGAGACGGAGGCGAUCUGGAAGUUUCUUUGGUGAUUUGAAUAUUCACUCACGUCAUAUAAACUCGUUUUGACAAGAUGUUCCUUCUCUCAGCGUAUUCACAGUAUGUGAACAGAACAUUGCUCAGCGAUUAGUUAUAAUAAUGUUGAGAAUUUGACCGCAAAUAUAUAACAUUUUUCAAAGACACGUUCCUGUCUAGUGAUCUUGUCAUUGUGCCCUUCACGGUGCCGAGUUUGUUCCCUGCGGUGAUCCAUACGGGAGGCCUAUUACAUAGCGCUCAUCGCCUGUUCUCUUGCCUCGUAUUCACCUUACAAGAGAAAUGUGAGCGGAAACAUUUAUUGAUUGUCAUCAGAUGACAACUAUAACCACACAAAUUUUUUUUUUACUCAGAUGGUACAGCUUACAAAAACAUGGCGAAAACCAAAUGUAUGAAGUUCUUCAAAAGACCAUGAGUCAGUGGGCAUCCGGGUGGCGUGGCGGUCUAUUCUGUUGCCUACCAACACGGGGGAUCGUGGGUUCGAAUCCCCGUGUUACCUCCGGCUUGGUCGGGCGCCCCUACGGACAUAAUUGGCCGUGUCUGCGGGUAGGAAGCCGGAUGUGGGUGUGUGUCCCGGUCGCUGCAUUGGCGCCUCCCUUGGUCGGUCGGGGGCGCCUGUUCGGGGGGGAGGGGGAACUGAGGGGAAUAGCUUGAUCCUCCCACGCACUACAUCCCCCUGGCGAAACUCCUCACUGUCAGGUGAAAGGAAGCGGCUGGCGACUCCACAUGUAUCGGAGGAGGCAUGCGGUAGUCUGCAGCCCCCCCCCCCCAGAUUGGCAGAGGGGGCGGAGCAGUGACCGGGGACGGCCUGGAAGAGUGGGGUAAUUGGCUAGAUACAAUUGGGGAGAAAAAAAAAUGGGGGGGGGGGUCCCCAAAAAAAAGUUAAAAAAAAUAAAAAUAAAAAGACCACGAGUCAGACGUAACGCUUGUAGAGUCAGUGCUCCUUAUUCAGUAAGUUGCAUGCAGGUUGCAUGGCCACAGCUUGUUAUAACCCCUCAUUCAUCAGCAAACCCACGUUAUCAGACUGUAUUUAUCACACAGUAACAUGACUUUCAGAGGUUUAGCGGCGGCGCACACCACCUCGGUAGAAAAACGGUUAAAACGGUGUCGCUUUCCUACUGGAUCCAAGGCCUUUAAAAGUUUUAACUUCACAAACGUAUAUAUUUUUUUUCUUCUUCUUCUUCUACUCGUACAUUACUUGAUCUCUGACCUUGCUGUACUGCAUUUCUGAGAGAUCAGACUAUCCCAGUCUACCAUGGACAUUAUCGAUUGAUCUUUUUUUUUUUUUUUUGGUUUAGAAGAUAUAAAGUACCUUCUGAAUGUGUAACAAUGAACUGAGGUUAAAACUGUUAAGAUCUGCACAUCUUGUCCGGAAAAGGACCACGAACAUUGAGGUGACCAAUGAAUUGACCGCGAGUUAAACUAAUGGAAUGAUUCUGUUAUACUGUAAAUACUUGAUAUAACUUGAUGAAAAUGUAGAUAUUGUAAUACAUUCGAUUAAAACCCAUCAGAAA